AUGAAACUCACCGCAGUGUUCCUCUUGCUCGCUACAGCUUACGGCGAACACCACCACCGUCGACAGAAUGGCAUCGAUCUCCCGGCAAUCACCAGCGCAUUGGAGCAUUUAGUGGCCAACCAGACCGCCAGCGCCAACUUUGCCAACAUCUCCCCGCCGCCCAAAUCACUCAUCCCCGAAAUUCUCUCCGUGGUGCCCGUCUCCGUAAUCUGGGAGCUCAUCAACCCGGACCAACGCAGUGCGCUCGGCAGUCAAUUCAGAGCCGGCACCACCCCCGCCUGGUACAAUGCGCUCCCUUCGGACGUGAAGAGCUACAUGUCCGUGGUCAAGGCACAGAUUUCGGACGGGGCUCACACAGCCACGACGGGUCCGACAGCGGCCAACACGGCGAGCAUCGUGACCGCCACCGCCACCGAGGGGUCGGGGUCGGGGUCUGCCACCUCGACUUCCACGGGUGGGGCGGCGCAGGCGACGGGAUUGACGGUGUCGGUGAUGGGGGCAUUAGGAGUGCUGGGAUUAGCACUAGCUCUGUGA